AUGCCACGGCUUCUGCUUUUGGUCCUGACUGUCACGAAUUUAUGCUGUAGCCAAUAUUUAUCCGCUGAGCAGCUACAGAAACUGUUCGUCGACAAGCUGGACUUGGCCGGGGCGGUGAAGCUUGCCGACAAGGUUGACAAAUGGCUGGAUUGUCCGAAAAAAGUGAGGGUCAUCACGAAAUUUUCCGAGCAAUUCGGGGACACUGCGCUAACUACAAACGUCACUACUUUUAUGCAGAACCUUUGUACAGCCCAGGAUUUUUUCAAGACCCAUCUGAAGGCAGCGAAGGAGAGUUCUUCUUUCAAAAAGUCGGAACUGAAACAUCUAAUGCACACUUACAAUCUGGUGCUGCUCUCCAGUAAAAACGAUCCGGCUCGUGCUCUCAACGACAUGCUCACCGAGAUCAGGGAUUUGAUUUAUAUCCCCCAAACCGGUUUCUGGCAAGCGUAUCGUUGGACGAUCGAUCCGAAGACCGACGGUUGCGUCGCGCAGACGAAGGCAAAGUACAACGUGACGUCGACUGGAAGUGACGGCUACUAUUCAUCUAGUUGCGUGUUUAACGCAAUGCAAUCGGCAAUCUAUGAAACCCUGCCCAGCGAUAAAUGGGCCGAGCUGGACACAAUCUUCACCUCGAUGAAGCAACGAUCAUUCGAAUCAAGGCCGAGGACCCGGAAGUUUCUUGCCGCAUGUGAAGGGUUGGACCUGGACAAUAUUCCAAGAUAUCAAACUUACCUGGCCAUGAAACAGAAAGCCUAUGACGGUCCGCCAGUCGAUUCAAGUACAUAUCCGAGGGAUCUGUUCCUCCUCUGCAUCGACCACAAGGUCAAGCUGGCAGCGGCUUCUGGAUUUUUGGAAGGUUGCAACGCACAUCACUAUUUGAUUUUGUUUUUAAUAAAUCCGAUGGAACCAUAUUGGUGGAAUUACAAUCCGCAAUUCUUCGCCACCGAUUACUUUGAGCCGGUGACACCAGAUGUGGCGGUGGCGCCUGUUCUUCUUGGGGUUGCCGCCGUUAGUUUGCCAAUACUUUCGGGAACUGUGCGCCUUUUCACUAGCGCUACAACGGGCUACGAUGUAUUUUCAAUUGGCGCUUGGUUUAAACAGAUUCUUUGCUACUUUCUA